AUGUCUAACCAGGGCUCAUCGCCUCAUCUUGUUAAGGCUUAUCGGUUGUGGACAGCCGCUGAGAAGCCUCUUUGCAGGGUGACUAAAUUGUCGCGCAACUCUUCAUCAGUGACAGUGCGGCAACCCAAGGCAAGGCUUCCUACAGUACAUCAGAGAUAUUUCGCCGUCACCGUGGCCGUGUUUCUCAUCUCCACCAGCAACAUCAUCAGCAUGCAACACGCAAGUUUCCAUCCGUUGGAUAUUUAUGGCCGCCUGACUUCUACGAUAAUGCGUCUUGAGAGCCUCAGUGAUACCAUCGAAGAACAUAACGCUCCGGACUCUGUGGAGCAAAUUAAGGUGGACGACUUUCUCCUAGAUGUCCGGUCAUGGGCUGCAGAUGCUCGCGUCGACGACGGAUCUUUCUCCGCUCUUGAAAGCGUACCAUUAUGUGAAAAGAUAAUGUCUGCUCUUUCUGAAAUAAGGGACGGCACCCAUACAUUGCAGGACCAGGUGAUGCACGGAAGCCUUUUGCGUGAAGAUCCCUGGGUCGAUAUGCAGGAUGCUUGUCAGACACUUCGGUCUACAGUGAAGGCCAUUCGCCUGGCGCAGGCUUCGGCCGAUGGCAAGGGACCCUAUGCAGACCUGAGAGACCGAGUGAGCCGGGUGAGGGAGAUGGUUGCGAAGAAUAUCGGUCGUAGAUUAGGCCACGAUAUGCAGCGUUCAUUUCAGUUUGACACUAGCCCUAAGAGUCGAAAUGAGCGCAUCAAGAGUUGGAACUUCGAUUUUGAUGACUUGGAGAGGGAUGAGCCAGAGGAUCUGGAUAUGAGCAGCAAUCCACCGCCUCCAAUCUCUACACCGAAAAUGCCAAAGAUCGUUGGUUCGUCCUCAGAGCAGACCAAGGGCAAGUCUGCUGCCGGCUUCGGGACCCCGAGUCCAGGCAUUGAAGAGGAUGCGCCACGGCCUCCCUCGUUUGUACUUCCACAGAGACAGCGGAAGCCAUAG